AUGGCGCUUUUCGGCACGGCAACAUCCACCACGGCGGUCUCCAACACCGCCGGAGACCUCUCGAAAGAUGUAGCUCUCAACUCCCCCCCCGAAGACAGUAUUUCCGAUCUUGCCUUCUCGUCGGUGAGCGAUCAUCUUGCCGUUGCCUCAUGGGAUAAGAAAGUUCGCAUAUACGAGAUCAACGAGCAGGGCCAGAGUGAGGGCAAGGCCCUUUUUGAACAUGAAGCACCAGUCUUGAACUGCUGCUGGUCGCCUGAUGGCACCAAGGUCGUUGGUGCCGGUGUCGACAAAGCUGCGCGCAUGCUCGACCUCCAGGCAAACGCAACAUCUCCCGUCCAAGUGGCCGCCCACGACGCCCCCAUCAGAUGCUGUGCCAUGAUACAAAACCCAGGAAACUCCUCCCAACCCCUCCUAGUAACAGGUUCAUGGGACAAAACCGUCAAAUUCUGGGACUUGCGCCAAUCGACACCAAUCGGCACGCUCGAAUGUCAAGAACGGGUCUAUACCAUGGACGUGAAAAACAAGCUCCUAGUAAUCGGCACAGCAGACCGCUACAUCAACAUCGUCAACCUCGACCAGCCCACGAAGUUCUACAAGACAAUGCAGUCGCCGCUGAAAUACCAGACGCGCGUCGUGAGCUGUUUCACUGACGCGACAGGGUUUGCCAUGGGCAGUAUCGAGGGCCGCUGCGCCAUUCAGUACGUCGAGGAUAAAGACUCUAGCUCGAACUUUAGCUUCAAGUGCCACCGUGAGAGUCCUUCCAAUACGCGGGAUGUUAGUAAUGUCUACUCUGUCAACUCAAUCGCGUUUCAUCCUGUGCAUGGUACCUUUAGCACGGCCGGCAGUGAUGGCACGUUUCACUUCUGGGAUAAGGACGCCAAACAUAGACUUAAGGGCUAUCCGGCUGUGGGAGGGACGAUUUCGAGUUCCGCGUUCAACAAGACAGGGAAUAUUUUUGCGUAUGCCGUUAGCUACGAUUGGAGUAAAGGGUAUACGAAUAAUACGCCACAGACUCCUAAUAAGGUUAUGAUGCAUCCCGUCGUGCCGGAGGAGGUCAGGCCGCGUCCUGGCGCGAGGCGGAGAUGA